AUGUAUGGAAGUGCUAGAACAAUCAGUAAUUUGGAAGGUAGCCCUUCCAGAUCCCCCCGUUUGCCAAGAUCACCUCGUUUGGGGCACAGACGAACAAGUAGUGGAGGAGGAGGAGGAGCAGGUAAGACUUUGUCAAUGGAGAAUAUCCAGUCCCUUAACGCAGCCUAUGCAACUUCUGGACCCAUGUACCUAAGUGAUCAUGAGGGUGUAGCCUCCACUGCAUUUCCAAAAGGUACAAUGACUCUUGGAAGGGCUACAAAUCGAGCUAUGUGUGGUGGGAGAGUGACCGCCAUGGGUAGCAGUCCAAAUAUUGCUUCCGCUGGACUCACCCACACAGAUGUCCUGUCGUACACUGACCAUAUAGGGUUAACGGGCUCCUCACAUCACCAUCACCACCAUCAUCACCAGGUACCUUCUAUGCUGAGACAAGUGAGAGACAGCACUAUGCUAGAUUUCCAGGUUCAGUUAAAAGACCUACAAAGGGAGAAUGAACUUCUUCGUAAAGAGCUGGAUAUUAAGGAUAGCAAGAUGGCAUCUUCUAUGAACAGCAUUAAAACGUUCUGGAGUCCUGAACUAAAGAAAGAAAGAGUUCUACGGAAAGAGGAGGCUGCUAGGAUGUCCAUCUUGAAGGAACAGAUGAGAGUGUCUCAUGAAGAAAAUCAGCACCUUCAGCUGACCAUACAGGCCCUUCAAGAUGAGCUUCGAACUCAAAGAGACCUCAAUCAUCUUCUGCAACAGGAAGGUGGAAACAGAAGCGCCGAACAUUUUACCAUAGAGCUGACGGAGGAGAACUUCAGAAGACUUCAGGCAGAACAUGACCGACAGGCCAAAGAGCUGUUCCUCCUCAGGAAAACCCUGGAGGAGAUGGAAUUGAGAAUUGAAACUCAAAAGCAGACACUAAGUGCCAGAGAUGAAUCCAUUAAAAAGCUACUUGAAAUGUUACAAAGCAAAGGGUUGCCGCCAAAGGGAAUGGAGGAAGAGAAUGAGAAAAUGCGUAGGAUAUUAGAGGCUGAUUCACAGAUCAACCAUUUGGAAGUACUUUUAGAUCAAAAGGAUAAAGAAAACCUUCAUCUACGAGAGGAGCUUCACAGAAGAAAUCAAGUUCAGCCAGAAUCCGCCAAGACUAAAGCUCUUCAGACUGUUAUCGAAAUGAAGGACACAAAAAUAGCUUCGCUUGAAAGAAAUUUAAGAGACUUAGAAGAUGAGAUACAGAUGAUAAAAACGAAUGGCGUUCUAAAUACAGAGGACCGUGAAGAAGAAAUCAAACAAAUGGAGGUUUACAAAAGUCAUUCGAAGUUCAUGAAAAGCAAGGUUGAUCAGUUGAAACAAGAACUAUCCAAGAAAGAAUCAGAACUUCUUGCCUUACAAACCAAGCUUGAAACACUUGGGAAUCAGAAUUCAGAUUGCAAACAACACAUUGAAGUACUUAAGGAAUCACUAACUGCCAAAGAACAGAGAGCAGCAAUUCUUCAGACAGAGGUGGAUGCAUUAAGGCUGCGACUAGAAGAAAAAGAAUCAUUUCUCAACAAAAAAACUAAACAGCUUCAGGACCUGACUGAAGAAAAGGGCACACUAGCUGGAGAAAUCAGAGAUAUGAAAGAUAUGCUGGAAGUAAAAGAGAGAAAAAUUAACGUACUGCAGAAAAAGAUUGAAAAUCUCCAGGAGCAGUUACGAGACAAAGAUAAACAACUCAGCAAUCUUAAAGAUAGAGUGAAGUCGUUGCAGACUGAUUCCAGUAAUACCGAUACAGCCUUGGCAACUCUAGAAGAGGCACUUUCUGAGAAGGAAAGAAUCAUAGAACGUUUAAAAGAGCAGAGGGAAAAAGAUGACCGACAAAGGCUUGAAGAGAUUGAAACCUACAAAAAAGAAAACAAAGAUUUAAAAGAAAAAGUCAAUGCAUUACAAGCUGAAUUAACAGAAAAAGAGUCAAGUUUAAUUGACUUGAAAGAGCAUGCAUCAACCUUGACCUCAUCAGGACUGAAGCGAGACUCCAAAUUAAAAUCUCUUGAAUUAGCCAUUGAACAAAAGAAAGAAGAAUGCAGUAAGUUGGAAGCACAGUUGAAAAAGGCACACGAAGCAGAAGAGGAGGCGAGGACGAAUCCAGAGCUAUCAGAUCGGUUAAAACAGCUUGAUAACGAAGUCUCGUACUAUAGAGAAGAAUGUAGCAAAGCCCAGGCAGAGGUUGACAGACUUCUGCAGAUUUUGAAAGAAGUUGAAAAUGAAAAGAAUGACAAAGACAAGCAAAUAGCAGAGCUUGAAAGCCUGAUUUUAAAGCUUAUGAAAGAUCAAAAUAAGAAAGUUGCCAACUUGAAGCACAAUCAACAAAUUGAAAAGAAGAAGAACGCUCAGCUUUUAGAAGAUGCUCGUAGGCGGGACGAUAAUAUCACUGACACCUCUCAGCACAUGCAGCUUGAAGACCUUGUGAAUGCCCUUGAAAAUACAAGACAAGAACUGGAUGCUACCAAAUCCCGUCUUUCAACAACUCAACAAUCACUUGUUGAAAAAGAAUCGCACCUGACUGACUUGAAGAUAGAACGUCGAAAACAGCAGGAAGAGAUCAUGGAGAUGAAACAACAAUCCCUCGUUGCUGCUAUUAGUGAAAAAGAUGCUAAUAUUGCCUUGCUAGAAUUAUCUGGCCCAAAGAAAAAGAAGAACCAGGAAGAUGUUAUCCUUCUGAAACGAGAGAAAGACAGGCUUGUUCAUCAGUUGAAGCAACAGGUAUACAACAGAAUGAAACUUAUGGCAGAUAACUACGAAGAAGACGAUCAUCAUCACCACCACCACCAUCAUCAUCAUCACCACCACAGGUCUCCUGGGAAAGCGCAACACCCCAACCACAGACCCUCCCCAGACCAGGAUGAUGAAGAGGGGAUUUGGGCUUAGCAAUUCCUGAAAACCAAAGUUCCAGUUUUAUUUUUAAGGGGUCUUCCUUCAGGAGGAACUUCACAGAGGCAAUCUGCCAAAGUAAAAAAAAAAAAAAAACAGUAAAGAAGAGCUAUGAUUUCUACAGAUAUCCAUGAAGUUCUAGUCAGUUGACGGGGAACUACAAGAUUCACAUGACACCUGAGUGUAUUGAAGACAAAUAUGUUGGAAAAUUAAAUAACUUUCCAUCUUUUCAGCAGAAACAUCCCCCUGCAAGGUCUCAGUUUGUAGCAUGUCUUUAACUAUUGCAUCAGGACUGUAAAAGUCAAGAAGAGGAUUUCAUUUUAAGAACAAACAACUGUACCCUCAACCCCACUCUAUGCCUUAAAGGACAAUACAUUCACUACAAGAAUCACGAAGGCCUCAAGCCAAAAAAAAGCAGCCUUAGAGGGGUGUAACUUUAGAAGAACACGUGAUUUUUUUCCAACGGUUAUGUGAUAAUCAUGGUCGUGUCUCUCGAUGUAACAGACUUCAAAUAAGACUGAUGCUGUGAGGAUUUUAGUGCAUCAUACUAUUAGAAAGUUGUAGACAUUUGUAUGAAGAAUUGUCUGCAUUUUCAGUGGUUGAAAUCUGUCAACUGAAGGAUGAUACCAUUGAUUUAACGGCAUUGUUAUUGCAACUAAUGAGAAUCACAGCUGGCACCACUGAGGAACCUUUCCGUUCUAUAUCCUUUAGAGACCUGACUGAGUGACUAGUUAUUUAGCUUAUGCCUCUGAGAACAGCAUGAAGUGAUGGCAGAGGCAAGAGAUUCUGUGCUACUGUGCUAAAAGAAAAUAAACUGCAAAAAAUGUAACAUAUAUUUAUUAUAAUUUAAAUUGUUUGUUUUUAAAGUGUGUGCUUAGUUUUUUUUUUCUUCCCUUUUUUGUGGUCAAUGUAUUGUUUUGGUAGUUGCUUGAAAGAUAUAUGCAAAUUUCUGGUUGUUUUUUAAUAUUAUAGCAUAUAUAAUAUUGAUCUGUCAUGUUACCUAUUUGAAAACCCAUUGUC